ACAGAGCUUAGUUGGCCCGCUUGUCGAAUUGCUCACACAGAAAAGCAUGCAGCCUCGAAACGCACCUCAAGGCACUACCUUCAAGACAUUUUGUCUUUUAUGGUUUUUGGCUGGGUCCGGGGCAUUUCACGUUCAACCAAAUGCACGAUUUUCAGUUGUCCGAGAUGACAGCGGCAUUCUUGGCAGCAGCAGGAGGGGCACUCUGACGACCAGGAAGGCUACUGAAAAAUCAGAUCAUGGAGGAAGUAAUCCCUUUUUUGCCGCUCAUCCCCCCUCCACAAAGUCCCGUCAUGGGUUUCUGGGAGGACUCUUCUCAGCCGGAGCUUCUCCCCAAAGAGCGGAGCAACGUCAUUGACUUGGAGCGAUUCCUAACCUCGGGUCAGAAGAAGCGUCUAAGCCAGCAAUUGGAUGCGCUGGAGAAGGACUCCGGCAUCAAGGUCCGCCUCCUCUGCCAACGCUACCCCGACACGCCGGGGCUGGCCAUCAAGGACUACUGGGGGCUGGACGAUAAAAGCAUCGUGGUGGUCGCUGAUAAGGGGCCAGCGAAUAUCAAGCAGGUGGCGACAAGAAACCUGCUCAAUUUCAACGUGGGGAGCGGUUUGCAGCUCUUGCUUCCUCCAGCGUUCUGGAACCGUCUCCGCUCUCAGUUUGGCUCCAUCUUCUACCUGCGUAGCCACGGCGACGACGAAGCCAUCAUCGCCACGAUCAACACGAUCGAUACGUGCAUUCGCCUCAAGGGCUGUGUCGACGUCCCCAAAGGGGCGGCGGAAGAAGAGGGGGUAUUCAGUUUCUUGAAGUAAUGUGGUAUAGGCGUUAUGUCUCUCGUGGAGGUGGAGCUUGGUGUUGUGAAGCACGUGAAAAAAUGAAGUGGUUCAAUAGGAGUGGAACCUGAAGCGUGAAGCUCAUCUUGGAGGAAACGAUUGCAAACCAAUAGAGAUAACUACGAUCGAGUACACGAGUAAUGCAAAACAAGCUAUGCUUUAACA